AUGUCUCAUGAAAACCCACAACACACACUUUGGGGUCAAGUGGAUUCGUACUUUAUCCACACUCUUCGUAACAACAAUGAACAAAAUCCAUUAUUAUUGACUCUUCCACAAUCAUCCCAAGAGAAGAAGGAACCAUUCGAUCCUCUCGAAUACGCAUUACAAAACAGUGAAAAGAAUGGAUUACCUCCACAUCAAGUCUCUCCGAAUCAGGGACAGUUCCUUUCCAUGCUUGUCAUGAUGACACGUUCCAAGAGAAUUCUUGAAAUUGGUACUUUGGGUGCCUAUAGUACGAUUUGGUUGGCUUGGGGUUUGAUUCGACGUCAACAAAUAUUUCACGAUACAAAUCAAAACAUUCCUGGACAAAUCAUUUCUCUUGAAUCUAAUCCUCUUCAUGUGAAAGUAGCACGUGAAAAUAUUGAAUUUGCACAACUUGUUGAUUUGAUUCAAGUGAGAGAAGGAAAUGCAUUACAAAGUUUACAUGCCAUGACCUCAGGUCAAGAAACUAUUGAACCUUUUGAUUUAAUAUUCAUUGAUGCCGAUAAGCCCAAUAAUCCAAGCUAUCUAGAAUAUGCUUUAAAACUGUCUCGAGUUGGAACUGUGAUCAUUGGGGAUAAUGUUGUUAGAAAUGGUCAAGUUGCAAAUAGUGAAAGUCAAGAUGCCAAUGUUUUAGGAGUGCGCCAAUUCAUGGCAAAUAUGGGAAACAAACAUGCCAAAAAAUUGGUUGCCACUGCCAUGCAAACUGUUGGAUGCAAAGGAUAUGAUGGCUUCUCUAUGGCAAUGGUGGUUGAGCAUUAA